CAGAGCAGAUCGAGCUAAUGAGCGCGCCCGUGGUGAACCUCGACUUCCUGCGCGCCGGCAGCCGCGGCGCGUCCGUGAACUACGGCGGCGCGAUGCCCAACAUGCACAUGGCGACCAUGGACGACCUGCGCGUAGACGCGGGCGCGGGCGACGCGCUGGCCGCGGGCUUCAUGCUGCCCCCCGUGGCGGACCCGGCCGCCUACUCGCGCGAGCACUUCAAGGUCAAGUACACGGAGGACAACGAGCAGACGCUCAACUUUGCCAAGGGCACCACCACGCUGGCCUUCAUCUACAACGGCGGCAUCAUCGUGGCCGUGGACUCGCGCUCGACCAUGGGCUCGUUCAUCGGGUCCCAGCAGGUCAAGAAGGUGAACCCCAUCAACGACUACAUCCUGGCCACGCUGGCCGGCGGCGCCGCCGACUGCCAGUUCUGGCAGCGCAACCUGGCCGUGCAGUGCCGCAUGUACGAGCUGCGCAACCGCCACCGCAUCUCGGUGCGCGCGGCGUCCAAGCUCAUCGCCAACACGUGCAACUACUACAAGCGCUACGGCAUGUCGCUGGGCAUGAUGAUGAUGGGCUACGACAACGGCAAGCCCGUGCUCUACUACGUGGACGACGAGGGCUCGCGCAUCCCGGCCAGUAAGGACGUGCCCAAGUUCAGCGUCGGCUCGGGCUCGACGUACGCCUACGGCGUGCUGGACACCAACUGGCGCUGGGACCUGACGGACGACGAGGCCGUCGAGCUCGGCAAGCGCGCCAUCUACCACGCCACGCACCGCGACGCCUACAGUGGCGGCAUCUGCAACGUCUACAUCUUCAAGCCCGAGGGCUUCAAGCACGUCGUGCACCAGGACGUCAAGGAGAUGCACGACUACACGCGCGACAACUAAGUACAGCACAGAGACUGACUGCUGCUCUCCAGGAAUUUAUCUGCAAGCAGCUGAAGGAGGAGGAGCAGGGCCUGAAAGGAGCGGCUAGUUUGAUGCGGUAAUACACGGCAGCAAUUUGUGCAC